GCCAUCUCUCGUCAUUCGUCGGAAUCAACUCGAAAACUCAGAAAAUGGAUCGGUAGCUGGGAAGGAAACUUAAAGCGAAAUACGCAAAGAAAACGGCUUUUGUCCGCUGUUCAGCGAUUUUUUUGUGUUGUAAUCAGCAGAGGAAAUUUUAACGACCAACUCCACACCACCAGCCUCUUCCAGCAGCCACAGAAAAUAAUAGAUUACCCUUGCCACCAACACCACUACUACCACCACUUUACAACUACAGCAACAACAAAAGCAACACUACUGCACAACCAAGCCCACAAAGGAAAGGUGAAACGCAAAUAAAAAAAAAACGAAAAAAGCGCUGAAAAUAAAAUCAAGUCAGAAAAACAUCCCAUAUAAACGGCCACCAUUUUGAAUGAGCUGAAAGAAGAGAGCGCGAGAAAGAGAGCGACAAACUGCUUCUCAUUUGUUGCACUACGCACUGCAGCUGGCCGCGUCGUCACCGUAGACCCUUCCAGCUUUGGAACUCGCUCUCCCUGUCUUCGUCUAAUUGCGCUUAGAAACACCGUGCGGCAGCUACAACAACAACAACAUGGUGGAGCUGGAGGAGCAGAAGUCCGGAACAGCUGCCUCUGUCCGCGUCGCAGGCAACAACAACAACCCCCGUGGAUCUGGGGACAGCGGCAUCCGGAGCGGCAGCGGCAUUUCCUGCAGCAACACGGACAACAGCUGCAGCCAGAGUCAGUCAGACGGGCAGAAUGAGUUGACGCGCUACAGCAGCGAGGAUGUGUCGGGCAAUGAGUCGAGUGAGGCGCCCAACAUGACCGAAAUGGAGCGGCAGGCGGAGUUGAACCGGCAUAAGGAGGAGAUGCAGAAGAAACGUCGAAAGAAACGCAUCAGUUCCUCCCUGCAUUCCUCAACUUUCCAAGAGCUGUAUAAGCUGACGGGCGAGAUUCUUGGCGAGGGAGCUUACGCAUCGGUUCAAACUUGCGUCAACAUCUACACCGACCUGGAGUAUGCCGUUAAGGUGAUCGACAAGAUACCGGGUCAUGCGCGUGCGCGUGUCUUUCGCGAAGUGGAGACAUUCCAUCACUGCCAGGGUCAUUUGGGCAUCUUGCAACUGAUCGAGUUCUUCGAGGAUGACGAAAAGUUCUAUCUGGUAUUUGAGAAGAUCAACGGGGGUCCAUUGCUGACGCGCAUCCAGGAGCACAUCUGCUUUUCCGAGCACGAAGCGUCGCAGAUAAUCAAGGAGAUCGCUUCCGGACUAGAUUUUCUGCACAAGAAGGGCAUUGCCCAUCGUGAUCUCAAGCCCGAGAAUAUUCUGUGUGUCAAGACGGACUCGCUGUGCCCGAUCAAGAUUUGCGACUUUGAUCUGGGCUCGGGGAUUAAGUUUACCACGGACAUUUCGUCGCCGGCAGCCACGCCCCAGUUAUUGACACCAGUUGGCAGCGCCGAAUUCAUGGCUCCUGAAGUGGUUGAUUUGUUUGUGGGCGAAGCGCACUACUACGACAAGAGGUGCGAUCUAUGGUCCCUGGGAGUGAUUGCUUAUAUCCUGCUAUGCGGCUAUCCGCCGUUUUCGGGCAACUGUGGCGAGGAUUGCGGCUGGAAUCGCGGAGAAAAUUGUCGAACGUGCCAGGAACUGCUUUUCGAGUCCAUUCAAGAAGGACACUUUUCCUUUCCCGAGGCCGAGUGGCAUGAUGUAAGCGAUGAGGCAAAAGACCUAAUUUCCAACCUGCUUGUCAAGCAAGCUUCAGAUCGCCUUAGUGCCGAGGCAGUGUUGAAUCACACGUGGAUUCGUAUGAGCGAGCACGAGCCACCGGCCAGCAAGCAAUCAGGCCGCCACAAGGCUCUGCAGACGCCCAGUAACAUUCGACGUAAUCACCAAUCGGCGAGGGAAAUCUCGCAGUUUGCCGAAUCGGCCAUGGCCGUCAAGCGUGUCGUCCUCCAGCAUUUCUCCAUGCGCUACGACUACAUGAAGGAGCGUCCGAACAUUUACCAGCCUUCGCAGGCCUACAUGGAUGCCUACAGCGAUGAGAACUAUAAUCCCAAGCCGCCGGCACACUACACUCGCAAUCGUUCGCAGCGCAAUCCCGCUGCGUCCCUGUCUAGCUACGGCGGACGUAUGUCCUCGAUGCACGGCCAGCGGGCCAGCAGCCGUCAGUCCUCCCGGAAUGCCUCUCGCAAUGCAUCUGCAAUUUACCCAAACAGCGGAGGCUUCAAGACACUCAAUGUCCACGAGGAAGAUGACGACGAUGAAGCCCUGGAGGCUUUUGGCCGAAUCGACGACGAUGAUGAUGAGUGGGCCAGGUCCACGAGGCAAUAUCAGCAGCAGCGUGAGCUGCAGCAGCAGCAGGAGGCGCUGGGUGAGGAUCGAUACAGGCGGCAGAGCGGAAGCGAGGGGGACGACCUGGAAGACGAGGAGGAUGGAGAGAGCGAGGACUAUCAGCAGCACUACAAGCAUUAUUGGCGCGAAUUGGACGAGGACGAAGGCGAUGACUAUUUGUACGAGCAACAGCAGCAACGCGAAGAUGACAUCGCCGAGGAAGAGGAGGAUUUCGAUGAGGAGCAACACGGGGAUGAAAAUCAAACAGCUGACAAUCUAAAGCUAUCGAAAGCUAACGUGGAACAAGUUGGCGAUGCCAAUGUGGAGAGCUCGAAGCCACAGCAGAAUACCGGUGGGUAUGAGAAGAAGGAACUUAUUAUGGAUAAUAUGGAUGAAUCGACCCAGCAAAGCGAAUUUGCUAUAUUCACCACAAUGCGCAAAGAUGCGCAGGAGGCGGAGACGGAGAUUAAGCAGCAGGAGAAGGACGAUGAGACGAAGGGAGAGAAACAGCAGGAUGAUGUUGAUGGGGCUAAGAGGCAAGGACCAUCAAGUGAUAUUAGUGCUACUACCAUCACCGAUAAAAACAAGCAGCAGCAGCAAACACCAGUUAUAACUACAACACACAUUAACAACUGGCAAACUGGCGAUGCAAAUGAAGAUGAUGAUGUUAAACUAUUGGAUAGUAUUAGUGAUUUAAAUGAAAAGCUACCUGAAAUUUAUGAGACUGCAAAGAUUGUUGUCAACUCAGCGGCAGUGCCAGCAGCAUCGACACCAGCAGCAACAGCAGCAGCAGCAUCUGCAACACGCCCACCAACCGAUAACCCAGAAGAAGAUCAUUCGAACGUGAUCAAACCGACGACUGCUGUUGAGGAGACAACAAUGCGAACGACUUUUGGCAAGGCGGCGGAGGAGCAGGCGAAGCCUCCAGCAGCCCAAACCCAGUACCAGACCACGGGCCACCACAGCAAGGCCGGCCGCAAUGUUUACUUUGCCCUCGAUGCAUAUCAGAACGACGAGGAUGCCGAUAUCGAGGAGGAUGACGACUACGACGACGAUGAGGAAGAAGAUCUGCACGAGCAGCGCAAGCAGCCGGUGCCUUCCAUUGCCAAUGCCUACACACGGAAGCAGCGACAGCAGCACCAGCGGUAUAUUGUGCCGCGCUAUCAGUCGGCGGAUCCACAGCAGCAGGCCGAGAACUGGCGCUAUCGCACCCAUCACUCGCAGGAGCAGCAGCCGGCAGCGGGCUAUCGCAAGUACCGUCCGCCCUUCAGCACUGGAGGCGGCGGUGGCCACCAUGGCAAUCAGCAACGCAACUAUUUGGGCAGCUUCUCACACAGCGGCGGUGCCGCUGGCUACAAGAUAGCACCGAUGCAGCCGCCGCAGCAAACGCUGCCGCGGCACAACAGCGCCGGAAGCAGCGGCAGUGGCAGUGGCGGAUCCCCGCCAUCCGACGAGCAGUCGACGAUCCGUAACUGGCGCCAGGAUUGCGUCUACGCGCGCAGCUGCGGAAUGAAUCAGCCGCCGGAGCAGCAGCGGCACAUCCGUGCAACGGCCCAGCGGGCCCAGCAGCAACCGCGGAUUGGCAGCGGUCGCUUCGCCCACCUGCAGGCGGCCCAGUUGAUGGAGGAGCUUCCGGACAUGCAGAUCGGUCUGUCGCCGCCCAGCGAGAGUGUGCUGCUCCAACGGCGCCUGCGCCAGCAGAAGCGGGCCAACGAUCUGUCCGAGUACUGCGAGCCGGCCACCGCAAGUGGUUAGGGGUUGGGUCCACUCUUGACAAAGAACUCUGUUUUUCACGCACAUUCUCUAGAAACCAACUUUCCAGUUCUAUGAUUAUUUUUGGUGCAAAGUUUCAGCCACUUACAUUUCAAGCAAAAGU